CGAUCAUCGACAUCAAAGUCUUUUUUCUUAGUUUUACCGAGAUUUCAAAGCGUGGAAUGUGGUUCCUUGCGUCAGCUGCUGCUUCUUUUCUUUACCUUACGCUCCCUCCCCCCGUAGCUCCCCCCCUCCUAUCUCUGAUUGCAUGCCCUGAGGAAACUGAGCUCGCAAACCGCAGUGGAUCCAACUACGGCAAGAGAAUGAGACUUCUAGCAAACAUCAGGUCCCCAUUUCCCCUACAUCAUUUCUUUCCUUUCAAUGUCAAAGAUACCAAGGCUACUUUUACGUUUGGUUUCUUUCCACCCCUUACCUGGCUAUCCCUUCAUUUCUUCCAAGCUAGAAACGUACGACCAUGGAAAUGCGCUCUGUGGCUCACCCUCCGAGUUUUCCGCAACUGUCCUGCUGCAAACACCCGGCCGCGGCAACGCUUUGCUCUCUUUUCGCCAAAUCACAUUUACUUUUCCGCUCUCUUUUUCUGAUGGAACAAUCCGUUCCAUUCUUUCUUUUCUCAUGGGUCCCUAGGUUCGCGUUUGGUUCAAAUCCCACUCAAAUGUCUCCACUCGACGCACAAGUCCGCUUUCUUCUCUUAGUCCCU